CAAUAAUUUUAUCUAGUGAAUCUAUCGGUAUAAACACGCAUUAAAAUUUUAACUUCAUAAAUAUAUAUAUAUAUAAAACCAACACGCACGUAUCCAUCAUUUGAUCGAAGAUUUUAAACAAUGGACAGGUGGAUUGGACACGUGGCUUUCGUGACAGGAUCUAGUGCUGGAAUUGGGAAAGAAAUUGCUGUGAAAUUGGUUGAACAAGGUUUGAAGGUUGUCGGUUUCGCUCGAAGGAAAGAACUCUUGGAUGAGCUCGAAAAGAAACUCUCCUCCAAGAAAGGAAAAUUUUACGCUUACGCCGGCGAUGCUUCCAAAGAAGAAGACAUUUUGAAUGCUUUCCGAUGGACCAAAGAUAACGUCGGUUCGAUAAGCAUUCUGAUCAACAACGCCGCUAUAUUAGACGUACAUAAAUUAUCAGAAAGCGAAACUAAAAUAUGGCAGCAACAACUGGACGUUAAUGUAUUAGCGCCUUGUAUAACCGCCAGAGAAGCCAUUAAGCAGAUGAAAGAAAAUAAAAUUGACGGGCAUAUUAUAAAUAUUAAUAGUAUUGCCGGUCAUAAGAUAACUCAAAAUUUUCAAUUGAAUUUAUACGGCAGUACCAAACAUGCUCUAACUGUACUUACCGAAAUAUUGCGACUUGAACUUGCUCAACAAGGAUCCAAAAUCAAAAUAUCGAGCGUAAGUCCGGGCGCAGUUAAAACAGACAUGUUGGCCAAAGCAGCUUCGUCGACUUCCAUGAGUCCGAAUGAUUUUAAAUCAUUAGAACCUGCAGAUGUAGCAGACGCUGUUUUAUACGCGUUAUCAACACCGGCUACAGUUAAUAUAUCUGAACUAACCAUUCAAGUGGUGGGAGAAAAACUUUAAUAUUAAAUAUACAAUUGUGGAGUACCGAUAUUAUAUAAUGGGACAUAAUUCAUAUUAUUUUACUCGUAUAUUUUCACAAACUCAUUAAUAUUUUUUUUUUAUUUCAUAUCUCGUACUCCAACGAGUACAAUAAAUUACAUCGGGACAUUUAGUAUAAACCUUAUACAUAAACGAGACAACCUGUACAACACGAAUUAAAAAAUGUUGUCCCCCAUAUUUAACUGUACUUUAUUUAAUAAAAUUGAAUGAAUAUAUGGA